AGCAGCGGCCGCAGCAGCGGCAGCAGCGGGGAGGAGCGAGCCUUGUAUCGGGCCGCCCCGUACGCGCAUUCCACGUGGUCGCUACUCCCUCCGCCCCUCACUCCCCUCCGACGAAAACACCUGCGGGCUGCGGCCCUGCCCGCCCCGGCCAGAUUGCGCUCGACGGGAUAGGCGUAGGUAUUAAAUCCGGGAGAUCGGAUUGGAAACAAAAUCGAAUCCCCGAAUCUGGGUUGCUCGCCCUGAUCGUCCGUGGGUUCGCGCGGCGUCGGCGGCGGCCAUGGGGGCGAUUGGUUGCCGUCGGGCCGGGGGGCCCGUGGGCUGGCAGUACGUCUUCGAGGAUGAGGAGGACGAGCGCGAGGACGAGGACGCGCCGCUCGUGGAGGAGGAGGGGGCGGACGAGGACUGGGGGGUCGAGAUGGAGAGGAGGGGGACGAAGAGGAAGGGGCCGCGCUCGUCGCGGCCGCGCAAGCGGCGGCGCGUCGCCACGCUCUGCCCCUCGCCGGCGUCGUCCGACUCCGGGUCCCCGUCGUCGAGCGCCGUGCCCAAGCGGCGGCGCGUCGCCAAGCUCUGCGCCUCGCCGGCGUCGUCCGACUCCGGGUCCCCGUCGUGGAGCGCCGUGCCCAAGAGGCGGCGCAGCGGAAACGGGGCCAAGAGGGGCCGCCCCGUCGCCGUGCCCGCGGAAACGGCUGCGCCCGCACCAGAGGAGGCGACGCCGAGCACUAGCACCGCGGGCCGCGCCAAGGGGAGGAGGUCGUGCCACCAGUGCAAGGCGGCAAUGAAGCAGCAGAUGACCAAGUGUAAGCGAUGCCGCGAGAAGAUCUACUGCGGCCCCUGCAUCGAGGAUAUGUAUCCGGAGUUGUCGUUGGCCGAGGUUAGAGUCAGGUGCCCGUCCUGCCGUGGAAUCUGCAAUUGUAAACGGUGCACUGCCAAGGAGCAGGGUGAACCCAAGAGUUCAGUUUUGAGGAAACGCAACGGCAGUAGAUCAGUAACGAAGAGAAAGAAGACUAACACCUCAGGUGUAAAGUCAACCAGGGUUCGGAAUGAGGUGGCACAGACCGAAGCAAAUGACAACUCCUUCCUAAGUUCCAAUGAGAUUAAUAGCACAUCGGUCAUAUUAGACAAGGUAGAUACGUUGGAUGCAAGAGCUGAUGAGAUUGCUCGUGAAACUAAAGUAAAACAUGCUAGAUAUCUGUUGCACUAUCUGGUGCCUUGUUUGAGUGACCUGAACAGGGAUCAGAUGGUUGAGAGAAAAAUGGAGGCCAAAAUUCAAGGGUUGGAAUUGUCUGAACUGAGUGUUGAACAGGCUGACUGCCGAAAUGAUGAGAGGAUGUUCUGUGACAAUUGCAGAACUUCGAUCUUUGAUCUGCAUAGAAGCUGUCCAAACUGCUCAUAUGAAUUAUGCAUUGCGUGCUGUAAGGAGCUUCGUGAAAAUAAUCUUAAGGGCUCUUGUCGGGAAGAGCUGGUAUCUUAUCCUCAUAGAGGAAUCGACUAUAUGCAUGGUGGUGAUCCAUCACCUGAGUUGAUGAACUGCGUACAAACAGACCUGUCCAGUUGCCAGCCUAAGACUACCAAGUGGUGUGCUAAUACUGAUGGGACUAUUAAUUGCCCCCCACCUGAACUUGGUGGUUGUGGUGAUCAUGCCCUUAAGUUGAGACAGAUGUUUCCAAAAGAUUGGUUAAAUAAGCUUGAAAGCGAUGCUCUACAGUUGAGUAAGCAGCUAGAACCUUCUGAUAUUGUCAGCGGAUAUACAAAUGAAUGCCCGUGCUGUACUAAACAUGAAAAUGCAAGACAUGCUGCCACCAGAGAUAAUUCAACAGAUAACUGCCUAUACUGUCCAAAAUCAGAUAAUGAGAAAACAGACGAUCUAACUCACUUCCAGAGUCACUGGGUUAAAGGAGAACCUGUUAUUGUACAAGGGGUACUACAGAAAAUGCCACAUUUGAGCUGGGAACCACCACAUAUGUGGUCUGAAGUACAUGGUGCUAGUACUACCCCUGAUAUGAAAAAUGUGAAGUGUAUUGAUUGUUUAUCUUGUUGUGAGGUCGAGAUACGCACACAGGAUUUCUUCAAUGGAUACUAUUAUGGUCGGGUGUAUCAAAAUGAAUGGCCCGAAAUGCUUAAAUUGAAGGACUGGCCUACUUCAAAUCAUUUUGAAGAGCUUUUACCUUCGCAUGGAGUGGAAUACAUCAAUUCUUUACCCUUUCAACCGUACACAAAUUUGAAAUCUGGCUUGCUAAGUGUCUCCGCAUUGCUUCCUGAUGACAUUCUAAAGAUUGACAUGGGCCCAAAGUCAUACAUAGCUUAUGGCUAUGCGCAGGAACUUGGCAGAGGAGAUUCUGUUACGAAGCUUCAUUGUGAUAUAUCUGAUGCAGUUAACGUUUUGAUGCAUACUGCAAAAGUUGCCCCUUCUGAAGGACAAGAAAAUGCAAUAAAAAACUUGAAAGCAAGACAUGAGCUACAAGAUGAAAAGGACUGUUGUGGGAAUUUUGCAAUUGAUGGAAGUGAUGCAUGUCAUAAAAACUGUCUGGAUUCAAACCACACAUCCUCUCCUAACUGCAGCAUGGACGAUGAUGGAGGUGCUUUAUGGGAUAUUUUCAGGAGGGAGGAUGUUCCAAAACUGGAAACAUACCUUCGUAAACAUUCCAAGGAAUUUCGCCAUAUAUAUUGUUCUCCAGUUGAAAAGACAUUUAACCCUCUACAUGAUGAAACAUUCUAUCUAACCGAGGAACAUAAAAGGAGACUUAAAGAGGAGCAUGGAAUCGAGCCUUGGACAUUUGUACAAAAACUUGGAGAGGCAGUUUUUAUACCUGCUGGGUGCCCUCAUCAAGUACGGAAUCUCAAGUCUUGCACGAAAAUUGCUAUAGAUUUUGUAUCACCUGAGAAUGUCCAGGAGUGUGUCAAGUUAACUCAGCAAUUCCGCGUGCUUCCUAAGAACCACAGAGCAAAAGAAGAUAAAUUAGAGGUACAUCUCACAUCAUUAAAUUGCUCGAGGCGAUGUUCUCGGCGUAGUCCCAAUCUUGUGUGAUGACGGGAUACCCUUCGUGAGGAUGUCGGCGAACUAGCGAGAUGAGGGAACAUGCAGUACACGCACUUGCCCCAGGGCAACACGAUCACGAACAAAGUGGAGGUCGAUCUCGAUGUGCUUGGUGCGCUGAUGCUGGAUGGGGUUCGUCGACAUGUAGACGGCGCUGACGUUGUCAUAAAAGAUAAUCGUGGUGGUCGGUGAAGGGCGAUGGAGCCUGUGAAGAAGCUGCCGAAUCCAGUUGGCCUCGGCAACGGCAUUGGCCACGGCUCGAUGUUCAGCUUCGGCACUGGAACGGGACACGGUAUGUUGGCGUUUUGACGACCAAGAGACGAGGUUAUCACCAAGAAAGACGCAGAAGCCCGAAGUGGAACGACGAGUGUCAGGGUAUCCAGCCCAGUCGGCGUCGGUGUAGGUGAUCAUGGAACCCGACAAUGUGGAGUAGAGCUGGAGGCCAUGAGAGAGCGUGCCCUUGAUGUAACGCAAGACACACUUGAUGGCCGCAAGGUGCUGUUCAUGAGGAUCAUGCAUGUGAAGGCAGACCUGCUGAACAUCGGCGAUAUUGGGGCGCAUGAAGGUGAGGUAUUGCAACGCCCCAGCAAGACUCCGAUACUCUGUCGUAUCAGCCACAGGAAGGCCAGCGGUGGCGGCGAGCUUGGGCGACAUGUCAGCCCACCGAAGAAGAGUCAGCGCAUCUUUAAUAUCACGUCAAAUGUUUACGGUGCCUGCAAUCUUCGGAGUCGAUGGUGCACUAUUGCGGACCUAGUCACUCCACCACCAGUGGAUGACUAGUGAGAUGGAACUUAAUGAUACCAAUCGUUGACACAUCCCCAACCAUUGUUGGACCAAUAAGAGGAAGUGAUGCCAAACAAAUCCGUGAUCAGGUGAAUGCUAACUUGAGUUUAUCUUAUAGUUCGAUGAAUGGCUGUCCUUUCAUCUUCGUUGUUGUUAAUCAAACUCAGGCGCCAUGUUGAGGAAGCCAACCAUUUUUCAGUUCUUGAAGAAACAAACCUGCAGAAACAAAGUUAUAAAUGAAUUGCUUUGAACACUUAUGAUAAGUUCAAAAA